AUGGUGUCUAUUAUCAAGAACCAGUUGUUAAAACAUCUAUCCAGGUUCACCAAGAAUCUGUCAGCUGACAAGAUUAACCUAAGCACAUUCAAAGGUGAAGGUGAACUCUCUAACCUAGAACUCAAUGAAGUGGUUCUUAUGGACCUACUGGAAUUGCCAUCAUGGCUAUGUUUAAAACAAGCUUGGUGCAACAAAGUUACCUUCAGGAUACCAUGGACAAAACUUAAAAGUGUCCCUAUAUGUUUGAAUUUGGAAGAAGUUGAAAUAGUGGUUGAAACUUGCGCAGAUUUAAGGAUACCUCCAAUGCAACAGGGAAACUCCAACGCGGGCGUUCCGGGGAAGUACAGCUUUAUCCACAAAGUUAUCGAUGGAAUUACUGUACAUGUCAAUACGGUCAACAUUCUCUUUACCAGUCCAGCAUUCUCUGCGUCGGUACAGAUAUCAAGAAUAGUAGUGGAUUCGAAAAAUCAUAAAUUUCAACCCUCCGACUUAAGAAUGACGCGUCUGAAGAAUCAAGCAAAGGGACAGGUAUUGAUAUUUAAAGAACUGAAAUGGGACACUGUGAGAAUUGAAGCUAAAUCUACCAAAGAUAAAAAUUUAACCCCUUUGAGACUUAUUAUCAAUGAAGCUAGGUGUAGGAUUGUGAUAAAAAAGAGAUUAUCAGACUCAUUCAUUUUGGGUUCAAGACUGGCAAUUAUUUUAAAUGACUUAAUGUGGUUUUUUACUGAUUCUCAACUUAAAGCAGCUUUGUAUUUCAUCGACUCUCUUACUGAUCUAAUACAGAAAUCAACUCAAAUUACCAGGCGAACCAAAGCUGCUAGAAAAUUAGAGGAACUUCCAGAAUAUCAAGCACAACUGUCACAAGAAGAAUCCGAAGUGGUAGACAAAUAUAAACUAUUCGCUGCUCACGAUGUCAUCGAAACUUCUUACCAUUUGAUAUCUCAUCAAAUAAUGUUACAUUUAAGCGACGAUGAAGGAGCUGGCCGUUCAUCUCACCCGAAUCUAAAAAAUGGAGACGCCCUGCACAUUAGCCUAAAGAAAUUUCACGUAGAUUACUAUCCAUAUCAUUUAGCCAAAGGUAACAGAAAACAUUGGUUGAAAUACAACACGAGCUUUGUGCCACACUCAUUAUGGCAAGAACAGGCGCUGAAUUCAUUCAGGACCAAAUUUUUAAAUUUGAUAGAUCAACACAAACCACUACAUACUCCUUUAAAUCGUCCAAUGAAGAAUCCAGAUAGCACACCUCAAAGUCCAGAAUCAAAACCACAACCAAACAGCGAUCAGCGAAAUAAGAAAAAAAUUGAAGCUAAAAUAGCUAAACUUAUGUCAAGUUGUAUAGUGUUGCGGAUAGAGGAUUUUACAAUAUACAAAGUGUCUUCUUCCCAGAAAAAAGGACUGAAAGAAUUCAUUUUUGGUGACCGAACACAAUUAUCUCUUCCAGUAGACUCCAACAUGGUUCACGCAGAAUUUACGUAUUACUACUAUCCAAGCGAUGUACCUUUUCCUUUACCUCCUCCGAAGUUUUACGUCCAACUUAAUCCAAUUUCUGUGAUGUUUGACGUGGAUACCUGUUUGUGGAUUAACUCUUUUGGAUUGAAUCUCUUCCAGUCGUUAACUAGUGCCAAAAGUGAAGUACCAGUAUCGACUUAUACGUACAUGGAUAUUAAAAUUGAAGCAAUUCUUCCAAGAAUAAAUUUUGAAAGUCCAUUAGAGCAUCCUAAUCAAAAGGAUAGACCCAAAUGUUUGAGUUUCCAAGUGACGAGAGCAACCAUAACUAAUAUCAGAAGUUUGGAACAAUCUUCCAGAGCCGACUUGGCAAAGUGCGUGGAUUCUUUCCAUAUGGGCUCAUUAUUUUUCGGAUCGGAAUUUCCAUCCCAACAGAACGAUUUUUAUGUAGUGACUCAGAAGUUUAUCGAUCACAUAUCAACUGUGGAUAAUAUUAGAAAUAUGCCUUCACAAAUCGACUCCUCGAUUUCGGACGAUUGGAUGGCGAAUUUUAGUAGAGAAAUGUUGUGGACCGAUGCCAAAGAUGUAUGGUGCAUAAGUCUCGAUCCUGUUUGGGCUGAUUUUAAUGGUGCCAGAGCCAUAGGAAUUGCUAAAUCGGUUCCAUUUUUGGACGCUUUGCCGGUUACCAUUUGGUUACAUACUCACAUGGAUCCCAAUUCAACUGUCAAACCAACUGGUGACUGUCAAGAAAGUUCCCAAGCGGAUGCAGAUAUUCAUGCUCUAGUUUAUAUCACUAAUCUAGUUAGUAUUCAAAUCAAUCAUUACCAGUAUUUGUUCCUGUUAAGAUUAGCGGAAGAUGCGGCACUUUUGGCUACUUAUCUCGCUAUAGAUGCUGAGAGAAUAUUAAAGGUUGAAAGCAAUAGUACCAUAGCAAUGGGCGUACUCAUACCUCAAUUGGAAGUAACAUUUGUAAUGCCAUCGAAUUCUCCCGGAAAAGAAUCGUCAGGAGGUGACAUUGAGUCAGUUGUACCAGACACGUCAAGUUUAGCAGAUGAUAUUUUUAUCGGCUCAAACCCUUCGGUGUGGCAGAACAGUUCCUUGUCCAUAACUCAAAUUGGUGUUAGCAAGAAACCCAUAGCAAACGGAUCUUCAAAUCAACUAGACUUACCUACUAGUAAUUCUUCUGAUUAUCUUCAGACGAGUCCGAAUAGAAUCAGUCACGAAGAUCACAGUUUUUUACUUCAGCAGAAAGGAAACUUGAAUUUACAAACGAACCUCAACAUGGGUUUUACUUCCCUUAAAAAAGGUUUUACUAGUCUCAAGUCGUCUAUCGACAGUGCCCUUAAAGCUAGUCCCGAUGACCUCAGUGAUACGAUGUCGAUCAGAAGUGACGCGUCGAGUGAUUCAGAAAAAUUUGUCCAUAUUAAUUGUGAUUUAGAUAUUGCUGGUGCCGAGAUAAUUUUCAUAGUAGUAGAAUUCUCAGAGCGAGUGGAGGAAGCGUCGGAAGUGUUAGAAGAAGAUAAUACUGUUACAAGUACCAGCGAACAUUCUGUGACAAGUACCAGUCGUAGGAAAGAUUUAGUGUCUGUGUCAACAUUUAAACUUAAUAAAAUAGAAUUCGUAUAUCAGUCUUUAGGUUUCCAAUCUUCGCUAAAGAUACAACUCACCAACUUAAUGUGUGAUGAUUGUUCUUGUAUUUCUUGGGAUGAACUGCAGAGUAAGUUUGGAACACGAUCUCGUGUUUGGACUUGCAAUCCUCCAAGUGAUUUUACGUCGCCAAAAGUAAAAUUGCGAUUAGAUCAUAAUUUAGUGGUUAGUAAAGCUUCACUCUCAGAAACGGAUUUGACAAAUAGGGAUAGUUUCGCCAAACUUUUUUCGGAUUUGAUUACUAUUCAAGUAAAGGAUUUGAUGUUGAAUUUGAAUAUGAGUACUGUCACUGGGUUAGCCGAUUUAGUGGAAGACGAAGUAAUGCCGAUUCCGUUCCCUAUCAAGAUGACUGUAGAUAACGUAAAAGUCCAUUUAAACGAAGAUCGACCACCUGUUAAUAUUACUUCACCUGGACCGAUACCAAUAGAUUUAAAUGUUACUCAUAUGUAUAUAACUCGAACGGAAGAUGGCGUGUUUAACCUGUUUCCAUGUAGCAAAUCAAAAACCAAUAGUACUAAUGGUAAAUCAGAAAAGAAAGAGUUAGUGAAAGUAGAUAGUGUGUCUCUAAAUAACGACGACCUGAGAAGACUGAUGACAUUCGAAAGAAUAUCCGAAGAGAAUCGCCUUCUACGAAAAACAAAGGAAGAAAGUGAUAAAGAAAAAGAUGUUUUACGAGAAUACCUGAAAAAGUCGCAGGACGAAGUAACGCGACUGUUAAACGAAAAACAGAAUUUAUUAGACGAAAUAAGACGUUUGCAGCACCACUGGAAUAGUUCUAAAAGAUAG